GGCCACCUGUCCUCAAGUUCGUCAAUAAAAAAUAAUAACAAAUAUUCAUGAAAAAGUAAAAGAAGAAAAGUAUGGUGGCGUAAUCAUUUUUACAAGUGAUAAAAGAUAAGCAUCACUAUUCUUUUCACUACCCUUUCACUUUGAGAGAAACAAAAAAGUAGCAUAUUUCACAAGACAUUAACAUUCAGAUGUCGAAUAUUAUUCCACCACUGUUGAGUAACACACCUCCUCCACCACCAUCUCCAGAGGAUGAUGAUGAUGAUGAAUUUGGGGAUUUUACGGGAGUUAAUGACUUAUCUUAUGGCUGUGACAAUUUAUCAUUGCCCCCAUCUCCAGAUCAUUCGCCAAAGAAGGUAUCCAAUUCACAUGGAUUGGAUAUUAAUAGUAACUCGGAAAAAAAUAAAAUAGUACAAGUGGAUUUAGGAAUAGAUAAAGAUUUUCAAGAUAAAAGGAAAAAUAGUGAAAGUUUUAAUGAAUUGUGCAAUGUGGAGGAGAAAUAUAUAGAAAGUGUAGAAGAGAAUAUUUUGCAAUAUGCUAAAAAUACAGUCACUGAUACUCCGAACAUGCACGAUAACGUCCUUGAAAAUGGUUCUGAUGCUGAUUCAAAAAAUUACUGUAAUUUUAGUUCACUUAAUGACAAUAUUACAGAACAGCAACAAGAUGUUGACAGUGAAAUUAAAUCUAUUUCUAAUCAACAGACAUUGGACAAUAGGAUCACAGAUGAUAAUAAAGAAACUGAAAAUUUAUUUUCAACUGAGAUUAAAGAAAAGCCUUUAAGUUUUACAGUAGAUAGUAAUGUAAAAGAAGAAAUCUGCAGUUUAAGUAAUAAUGAGGAGGAUAAGAUGAAUCUAGAAAAUGUAGGUGUUUUUGAUAAUAUAACAGUUGAUACACCUCUUUGUGAGUUGAGUAGUGAAGAAAACAGUAGUCAAAAAAUUACCUCGGAGAUUACUAAAAGUUUGGAAUUAAAUGAUGCUAUUUGUACACAGAAAUCAUUUAUAGAACAAAACAGUUCUAAUCUGACUGAAAAUCGUGAAGAAAAAACUAGUCAUGAGAGCUUUACGGUAUGGAACACAUUUGAAGAUGAUAGUAUAAAAAAUGAUGAAAAUGUGAAUAUAAAGCAAAUUUGUACUGAUGAUGAAUUUGCGGACUUUGCAUUUGCAGAUACCGAAUAUAAAAAUUCUACAGAAACAACAUACUAUUCAAAAACUGAAGACAUAAGUAGUAAUUAUUCUGAUGAAACGUUUUGCAAACAAAAGUUACAAAAUGAAAAUUUUACAAUUCCUACAAAAACAACUUCAGAAGAUAUUGUACAGAAAAUAGUGAACCCUGUAGAUGAAGAUGAUUUUGAUGAUUUCUGUGAAUUUACAUCGAAUACAUUUGAGCAAGACUCUAAACAAGACAAGUUACAGCUUUCUCCAGAACAGAGUGAUUUUGGUAAUUUUGCAAAUUUUGCUGAAGUUGUGGAGGAACCAGUUUUUUUAUUGUUAAAUGAAAAACAGGCUUUGGAAAAAGCAGAUUCUAUUUUGAAAGAAAUUUUUCCUCUCUCUAAUACUGUUGAAGAGGACUAUCAAUAUGCUGAUGUAGAAAGCAAUGAUUUCAUUUUUAAUGAGUUAAAGGAUAUUACAGAAACCAAUGCUUUGACUUAUUUGUGGUCAAAAUCAGCUAGUCAGAAUAUGCUUUUGAAGGCUCUUAAUAUUGAUGCGAGGAACAUAUUAUAUGGAGCAUCGUGGAAUCCUUCAAUGCCUAGAUUUGCUGCAAAUUUAGGCCUUACGCCACUAGAACCUAUUAAAACUGAAAUAUCUCCUUGCACACUGAAGUCUAGUCCGUCCACUUCUUCACAGCCAUCUAGUAGUGAUAUUCCUAGUGCUCAGUUUGAUUGGAAUGGAUCAGGGCUUGUUAACCCCCUUGAUUCUGUACCUAAAGAGUCUGCAGAAAUGGCCCAAACAAGUGGUGAAAGAAAAUCUUUUGAAUUAUCAGGUGAACAGUCGAUAUUACAACCACAAAUUAUGGAUAAACCAGUAACAUCACAAAAAGUACCUUCAAAAAAUGACCUUGAACAGGUCUCUGAAGAGAAUGUAGAUGAUUUUGAGGAUUUUACUUCUUAUCAGUCCCCAACAGGGUCAGAAACUUGGCAAAAUGUAGUACCUUUACGAGAAACUUACAUAUCUAAUGAUGCUAAAGAACUGCCUUUAGAUAUCACAAAUUGGCUUCAACCCACAAUAGUUACUCCUGAAUUGCCUAGGAAAGAUUUGGAAAUAGGAGAUGAAGAAUUGCCAAAUAUUCAAACGCCAGAAUUUAUAAGGAAAGAAGUAGUAGCGCUUGAGGAAAAUGAUGAUGAUUUUGAUGAUUUCCAGAUGGUUUUACCAGAAAGUACUGCUAUUCAAAAAAAUAAUAUAGAAGUAAAGAAUUCUAGCUUUCUACAACCUGAUAUUAAAGAACCUAUAGUAUCUUCUAGCUCAAAUAUGGCCAGCACUGAUUUUAAAAAUUUCGCAUUCCCAGAAGAAAAAACUAAAGUAGAAUCAAUGACAAAUUCUGUAACUGAUGUAGAUCAAAACAAGACAAGUUUAGAAAUAAAUACUGUUAAGCAUAAGGAACCAGCAGUAGUUGAUGAUGAUGAUUUUACAGAAUUUCAUUGUUCAGUUCCUGCUCCACAACCAACUGUGCCUAAGCCUCUUACACCAAUUCUAGAACCAUUGAAACCAGUACCCGUUUAUACAACAAUACCAACCACUUCAACUCAAAUUAAUUGGCCAGAUCCUGGAAUAACGGAUGAAGAGAUUAAAAAAUUUGAAAUGGUAUUCAAACGACCUCAAGAAUACAGUGGUAUAGAAAGUAAAAAAGAAAUACCUGACAAAAAUAAUGAACAGACGAAUAAAGCAUCAAAACAUAGUUCAUUUGAUGAUGAUGAAUGGUCUGAUUUUGUUUCCGUACAGAAACCCUCACCCGUCCACAAAUUUCAUUCAUCUGAGAAAGAACGAACUUCAAGUCCAGAUUUACCUUUAUCUGUUUUAAAUCUGAACACCAUUCAACCCACAAAACAACCAAUACCAGUCAUUACACCUCAAGGACUUAUUCAGACUAAGUUGUCCUCAAGUAACUCUUUAAAUUUGUCUCCAAAAGUGCAGCUAAAGAAUAAUUCAAUAAAUUCACAGCAGAAGGCAUUAUAUCCGAAACCACAAAUUCAUCCUUCUAUUAUAAGCAAUCAGUUUGCAUCGCAAGUAUAUAAUUUUAAUAAUGGGAACUUAAGUCAAAACAAAGCAGUUCUAAAUUUUCCUCAGCCUCAAAGUGCAAGCAGCAAUUUGCAGUCUUUGGAUGAUGAUGAUUGGAGUGAUUUUAUUUCAAGUCCUUUACCUCCAGCUACUUCAAACGGCUAUCAACAGAAUUGGCAAAACACAUCUAUCUAUAAACAGUCAAACUGGGCAAAUCCAUCUCCUAAUAUCAUUACCAACCCAAGGCAUUUCGUACAAAGUGGUAGUGAUAUGAAAAAUAAAGUGUCUAAUAUUUCAGUGAACAGUAAAAAAAGUACGAUUCCUAGUAUAUCUUUACCUGAAUUAGAAUUUAUUGCCCCCAAAGAAAGGACUUCUAGCUCAAGGAAGAAAUGACUAAGGGAGCAAGUAAUGCUGUAAGUUUUUACAGUUUGUACAUAUGUCUAUAAACAACAGUGGGCGAUUUUCAAUGUUUUUGUUCAAUAUUUUGAGGAUGUAUUCUCUAAAGUAAAAUUAAAGUAGCCCACGAUGUACUGUUGGUUUUUAAAAAUGACACUAAUUGACAAAAUAUUGAAAUUUCUGAUUUAUUGCAUUUGCUGUAAAAUAAUUUAACUGACUGAAAAAUGUACAUCAAGUUAAUGAGAUUUUUUUUAUAGAAAUACUUCCUUUUUGAAAUGUCAUUAUUUAGACGAUGAGCCAAGUAGUCAAAAAUGGACGGUUUGGUUUCCUUUCUGGGGAGUAAAUGUAACCUAAUUUAGAUUCGUCAUGAAGGCAUCAUAAAUGUUUGUAAUGAUACUUUGUAAAAUUCAGUAGCUUAGUGGCGUUACGACCUUACAAAAAUGGCCGCCGGGCGAAAAUCGUAGUUUACCAUUCUGAAAUCUGGUUUCAUUUGUAAAGAGUAAAAGUAUCAUAAAAAUUGCAAUUUAGCAUAAAGCUAGGAUCAAUGUUUGGGAUGAUACUGUGUAAAAGUCUGUAAUUUAGUUACGUUACUACGUCACAAAUAUGGCCGCCGGGCAAAAAUCGUAGUAUACCAUUCUAAGGUCUGGUUUUACUUGUAAGGAAUAAAAGUAUCAUACCAAUGUCAAUCCAAUAUAAAGCCAGGAUCAAUGUUCGUAAUGAUAUUUUGUAAAGUUCGGUAGCUUAGUACGUUAUAACGUCACAAACAUGGUCGCCGGCCAAAUUCCGUUUAGGCGUAUUGGCAAAAAUUAUAAUAAUAAAAUAUUAUAUUAUUAUAAUAAUAUGAUAUAAUAUAAUAAUCAAUUUGUACAAUACUAAUAUCAGUCUUGUUAUUCCAAUUUGCCUAUAUUGAAUUUUUCCCUUUUUUCAGAUAUGUAUUCCGAAGCAGAUUUUUCACCAUUGCCUUAAAAAAGCAAAAAUAACAGGUACAACCGAUGAAUGUAUCAUUCACUGUACCAGCGACAACAGCAGUUUCGUGACUCUAUCAUCUACCGAGUCAUGGAGAACUCUCUUGAACGCAGCGACAAUAAGGAAACACAAAAGAUUACUGGAAAUUGCAGUCAGUUAUCGGAGAAGAAUUUCCUGCAUUAAAGUACCACCGUCAAUGUCGAAGCAUCUUCACCAUAAAAUCUAAACACGCUAGUAUUACGGUGUACGGUGUUAAUAUUUUGGUGUAAUGAGUACUUACACAACUGCACUUUGAAGACACCGAUGGUUCGUCCUAUAAUAUUGUGUUCUGCUUAGUCGUAACACUAGCGAGUUUAUAUUUCGUGUUGAAGAUGCUUCGACAUUGACGGUGGUACUUUAAUGCAGGAAAUUCUUCUCCGGUAACUGACUUUGCAAUUUCCAGCAAUCUUUUGUGUUUCCAUAUUCCAUGAUUUGGUAGAUGAUAGAGUCACCAAACUACUGUUGUCACUCGUAAAGUGAAUGAUACAUUCAUUGGUGGUACCUGUUAUUUUUACUUUUUUAGGCAAUGGUGAAAAGUCUGGCGUCGUAAUCCAUAUCUGAAAAAAAAGGAAAAAAUUAAAUCUAGGCAAAUUGGAAUAACAAAACUGAUAUUGUACAAAUUGAUUAUUAUAUUAUAUCAUCACCACGGUAGCAUAGUCGGUCGAGCAUGCGGUGGCAAGCAUUUCUUGGCCAGACUUCCUAUUUUGGUCCGGGUUCGAUCCCUGGCGUCAGC